ACCAUAUAUAUAUUCAGAAAAAAUUUUUUUUUUAGUGAAUUGGAUUUACUACUUUCGUAUGAACAGCUUUGUCAUUGAAAAGCAAGAUGAAGAAGAAAACUUGAUUCCCAAUAUCAAGAUUGUCAUUAACAAUGACCUUCAAAUGGAACAAUUAUACGUUGCUGGUUGGAAAAUAAAGCAAAGAAGGUGGCCUUUGGUGAAUUUUAAAAUGAACUCCUGCAUUAAUAUUCUGUCUGUCUUUGACAACAUCAGCAUCUGUAAAGGAGUUGAAAAUCAAGGAUGUUUCAAAAAUCAUUGUGCCUAUUAUUGGGAUGAAAAAAAAGAUCAAAUAUGUAAAAAGUAUUCAUACUUCAGACCUAAUAAAUGCCAUGUCAUUUGUUCAAAUCCUGCAGGCUGUUGUGUUGAAUGUGAAAUCAUAAACAAUCAAGCCACCAAAAGUUCCGAGGAUGUUCCAUGUUCUACUUCUACAGUGGGUGAUAAAACCAUGAUGAAGCUUUUUGGGAGGGAUGUUUCAACUCUCAAUGAAUGGCAAAUAUUGUUUUUUCAAGAACAGAUCAAGAAUGCCAAAGUGGACCCCAAAGGAAGAAAAUUUCACCCUGACAUGAUACGCUGGUCUAUUGAAUUAUAUGCACGGUCUCCGGCUGCUUAUCAUCAUAUUCGUAACAGUGAUGUAUUAUUUUUACCUUCUCCAGCCACAAUUUCAAAGUACAGAAAUAACUUUAAAGCUACGCCCGGAAUAAAUGAAAUGGCUCUUGAGGAAUUGGAUCGAAUAAUGGAAGAGAAUGAAUCACUUCCAGUGUACAUCACAGUGGAUGAAAUGAAAAUUCGCGAGAAUCUAGUAUAUCAAAAUGGAGAAAUAUCUGGGUUUGUUUUGGGGUGGGAAACAAAUGAAAUUGCAACCCAUAUUAUUGUUUUCUAUGUUCGAUCAUUUAAAAAAGAGGUAAGUAUACCGCUUGCCUGGUAUCCCACAAAGAGCACACCAGCCUGUCAAAUUUCAUUAAAAUUCUGGAAAAUCUUGUAUGAAUUGGAAAAAAGAAACAUUCAUGUCCAUGCUGUAGUGGCUGAUGGUGCAGCCACGAAUAGAAAAUUCUUUAAGCAGUUAUCUGGAAAAAAGAACAUCCCCUUGCAAGGAGUUUUUUCUGCACCAAACCCAUAUAAUAUCAACAACCCAAUUUAUCUCUGUUCUGACGUUCAACAUUUAUUGAAGACUGUUCGGAAUGGAUUGCUCUCAUCCGGUUGGAGCGGAAAGAGAUUGUUAAACAUAAAUGGUGAAUGUGGAAGAGAAAUAAUUUGGAAGCAUAUUUCGGAUCUUUAUUCAUUGGAAAAGUCUCUUCCUUUCACACGCUGGACUCGGCUUACACAAGCACAUAUGUCAUUGAACAAUUUUUCUAAGAUGAAAGUAAACUUGGCCCGAGACACAAUUUCGUGGAAAGUGGGGAGAUCAUUGCGCAUGAUAAAUGGUGCGGAAGCAACUGCAGAAUUUAUUUUACUGUUUGAUAGAUGGUAUGAAAUAAUGACCUGUAAAGCCAAUAACCCAGUGGACAGUAUGGAUGAUGAGCGGAUUACUUGGUUGCGAGAUGAAUUUCUACCCAAAAUAAAAAUGUGGCUGCAAGAUGUUAGAAACAAUCACAAAAAAGAGAGUGACAAAAGACUUCUGCCAAUGCCCACAAUGGAAGGACUCUUGUUCACCACCAAUAACUUUAUUCAGCUUGCAAAAAGGUUGUUGGAUCUGGAUGGUAUGAGAUAUGUGUGCUUCGGUACAAUAUCCCAAGAUGUAUUGGAAGCGUUUUUCGGAAACUUACGGCAAUUUGGAAGAUUUUCUCAAAACCCUGAUGCAGCGCAAGUUGCAUAUGGAGUGCAGCAUAUUGUCCAAAGGAAAAUUAUAAAAAAAGUAAAAAAUGGUAACACUACAUAUGGAUCCACAAAUGCUUGGACAGAAGUUUCCCAUGUUCCUUUCAAGAAA